AUGGGCGCUAGGCAAAUUCAGAUUUUCAUCUACUCACAGCUCGUUGUCCACCAAGUCAACCAGGACUUCACUGCCAAGGACGUGUCCAUGACAGCCUACCUCCAACAUACCCACCAUUUGCUUACAACCUUCAACGCUUAUUUCAUAAGCCAAGUACCACGCUCGGAGAAUAGCCAUGUCGAUGCCCUAGCUAGACUAGCCUCUGCCAUAUAG